GCGGGACUGCGCUCGCCACGCCCGCCGCUGCUGCCCGGCUCGGGCCGGGGCGCCGAGCAGGAUCUCAAGUGAUGGUGGGUUACACAGAAGAGGAGUGGAGCCCUGUGCCACCGCUUAGCCCGGCAGAGCUGGCAGCUGAGCCUGCUGGAGGGCGGGUGUGAACCUCAGGACCUCCGUGGCUCAACCCCAGAGGAAGCAUGUCUAAGAAAGGCCGGAGCAAGGGCGAGAAGCCCGAGAUGGAGACGGAUGUGGUGCAGAUGGCCAAUGAGGAGCUGCGGGCCAAGCUGACCAGCAUUCAGAUCGAGUUCCAGCAGGAAAAGAGCAAGGUGGGCAAGCUGCGCGAGCGGCUGCAGGAAGCCAAGCUGGAGCGCGAGCAGGAGCAGCGGCGGCACACGGCCUACAUCUCGGAGCUGAAGGCCAAGCUGCACGAGGAGAAGACCAAGGAGCUGCAGGCCCUGCGCGAGGCGCUCAUCCGCCAGCACGAGCAGGAAGCGGCCCGCGCCACCAAGAUCCGCGAGGCCGAGCUGCUGCGGCUGCAGGCCGCGCUCAGCGCCCUGCGCGACGGCACCACCGACAAGGUCAAGGGCGCGCUGCUGGCCGAGGCCCGAGAUGAGGCGCGCAGGGCCUUCGACGGGGAGCGCCAGCGCCUGCAGCAGGAGAUCCUGGAGCUGAAGGCGGCGCGCAAGCAGGCCGAGGAGGCGCUGAGCAACUGCAUGCAGGCCGACAAGGCCAAGGCCGCCGACCUGCGCGCCGCCUACCAGGCGCACCAGGACGAGGUGCACCGCAUCAAGCGCGAGUGCGAGCGCGACAUCCGCAGGCUGAUGGAUGAAAUCAAAGGGAAGGAUCGGGUGAUCCUGGCCCUGGAGAAGGAGCUGGGCGUGCAGGCCGGGCAGACCCAGCGGCUGCUUAUGCAGAAAGAGGCUUUGGACGAGCAGCUGGUGCAGGUGAAAGAGGCGGAGCGGCACCACAGCAGUCCCAAGAGGGAGCUCCCGCCCGGCAUCGGGGACAUGGCGGAGCUCAUGGGCAGCCAGGAUCAACAUAUGGAUGAGAGAGAUGUGAGGCGAUUUCAACUAAAAAUUGCUGAACUGAAUUCAGUGAUACGGAAGCUGGAAGACAGAAAUACCCUCUUGGCAGAUGAGAGGAAUGAACUGCUCAAGCGCUCCAGAGAGACAGAGGUGCAGCUGAAGCCGCUGGUGGAGAAGAACAAGCGGAUGAACAAGAAGAACGAGGACCUCCUGCAGAGCAUCCAGCGCAUGGAGGAGAAGAUCAAGAACCUCACCAGGGAGAAUGUGGAAGUGAAGGAGAAGCUGUCUGCCCAGAGCUCGCUGAGGCGCCACACAUCGCUGGACGACCUCAGCCUGACCAGGGACGAGCAGGAGAUCGCCUUCCUGAGGCUGCAGGUGCUGGAGCAGCAGCACGUCAUCGAUGACCUCUCACUGGAGAGAGAGCGGUUGCUGCGUUCCAAGAGGCAUCGAGGGAAAAGCUUGAAGCCGCCCAAGAAGCAUGUUGUGGAGACAUUUUUUGGAUUUGACGAGGAGUCUGUGGACUCGGAAACGUUGUCAGAGACAUCGUACAACACAGACAGGACGGACAGGACCCCGGCCACGCCCGAGGAGGACCUGGACGAUACCACAACCAGAGAAGAGGCUGACCUGAGGUUCUGCCAGCUGACCAGAGAGUACCAGGCCCUGCAGAGGGCAUACGCCCUGCUUCAGGAGCAGGUGGGGGGGACCCUGGAUGCUGAGAGAGAGGCUCGGACUCGAGAGCAGCUGCAGGCUGAUCUGCUGAGGUGCCAGGCCAAAAUCGAAGACUUGGAGAAGCUCCUGGUGGAGAAGGGGCAGGACUCCACGUGGGUGGAGGAGAAGCAGCUGCUGAUCCGGACGAACCAGGACCUCCUGGAGAAGAUUUACAGGCUGGAAAUGGAGGAGAACCAGCUGAAGAGCGAAAUGCAAGACGCAAAGGACCAGAAUGAGCUGUUAGAAUUCCGAGUGCUAGAACUCGAAGUAAGAGACUCUCUGUGUUGUAAGCUCUCCCAUGGAGCAGACAUUCUCUUUGAGCCCAAACUGAAAUUCAUGUAAGCUCCCUGCCGCUUCCAAGCAUGUGUGAAGGGACGUGUUACCGUUUCUCUCCUUCCUUCCUCCUCCUCCUCUUCCUCUUUUUUUUUUUUAAUCUGUAUGUUCAGAAUAAUUUCACUGCCUUAACGUGUUCUGGAGAGGAGGCUCGCGACGUCUGUGGACCUGUACCAGAGCUAAUAUAUUUAUUGCCUACGGCUUGUUUUGCACUUAAUAAAAUAAUUUGUUUUUGC